AUGUGGUCAAGGAUUUUUCUGAGUAUUCUGUCCUUGAACUGGAUUGCUACAGUGUCUUCUGAACCUCAGUAUGUGCUGCUGGUCCCCACAGUAGUGCGGAGCGACUCCCCACAGACUGCUUGUGUGCAGAUCCACAGCCUCAGUGAGCCUCUGUCCCUGAGCAUUGUCCUGGAAUAUGGCAGUAUCCAGAAGACUAUAUUUGAGGAACCCGUGACAAAGAAUGAUUUCUUCAAGUGCUGCGAGUUCAAGGUUCCUCCUGCUACUUCUGACCCCCUGGCAUUCGUUUCAUUCUCUGCCAAAGGCACCACAGUCAACUUAGCUGAGAGAAGAUCAGUGGCGAUUCAGAAUGUGGAUAAUACUGUCUUCAUCCAGACGGACAAACCCAUCUACAAACCAGGGCAAAAAGUGAUGUUUCGUAUAGUCACUUUGGACAGCCAGUUCAGACCUGUUCAGGAGACAUAUCCCCAAAUCAUCAUUGAGGAUCCAGAGCAAAACAAGAUCUACCAAUGGCUGGAGGUUACAUCUAAGCAUGGAAUUGUCCAGCUCUCCUUUCCACUAAUCCCAGAGCCUAUUCUGGGAACCUACCACAUCACUGUGGAGAAGUCGUCAGGUGAAAAACAGUACCAAUUCUUCACUGUGGAGGAAUAUGUGCUGCCGAAAUUUGAAGUGACAACCAGUGUGCCAAAGACGAUCUCUUUCUUCGAUGAAGAUGUCAGGGUGAAUGUUUGUGCUUCGUACACUUAUGGCCAACCGGUGCAAGGGAAUGCCCAAAUCAAUGUGUGUCAGCAGCACUUUUAUAGUCCACGAUGUGAGCAAAAGCAGAAAGAAAACUGCAAAGCUGUCACUGGACCGCUGGGGAAGGAUGGCUGCCUCAACACUGUCAUCUCCAUCAAAACAUUCCAGCUGUACCGCAGCUAUGCCAGGAUGUAUACCAGCCUCAAUGUAGAAAGCAUUGUCACUGAAAAUGGGACAGGUAUCCAGAUGAAAGACUAUGACUACAUUGCAGUCAACCAAGAAAAUGACAGAAUUAUGUUCAAGAAUAUGGAUCUCUACUACAAGAGGGGAAUUCCUUACUGUGGUGAGAUCACUGUGACGAAUGUGGAUGGUGAGCCCGUUGCCAAUAGGACUGUCCUGCUGGAGCUCAACGAAAAAUACCUGGCCAACUAUACCACUGACAAGAAUGGCACUGCUGCUUUUUCCAUUGACACAUCCAACUUCUUUGAUCCCAAUUUUAAGUUGAGAGCCAGACAGGCACCAGAUGACUGUGCAGACUUCUUCAUGUGGAGGAAUGAUAAUGAGCCCCAAGCCUUAUUCUUUGUCCGACGUUUCUACUCACGGACCAACAGCUUUGUGAAAAUCCAGCCAGUGACGGAGAAGCUCAGCUGUGGCCAGCAGCAAAUGAUCAAUGUUCACUAUGUCCUGAACAGAGAUGGCAGCCACACGAACUUUUACUUCAUGGUGAUGGCAAAAGGAAAAAUUAUUCUCAGUGGCCAGAAGCAAGUCAGCAUCUCUGGUGCUCCAAGAGGUACAUUCUCCAUCACACUGACUGUCACUGAGAAACUUGCCCCCAGCAACAGGCUGUUGCUCUACACAGUGCAUCCUCAUGGGGAGAUAGUGGCUGACAGCUCUUGGAUACACAGCGAUGUAUGCUUCAAAAACAAGCUCCAGCUCGAGUUCUCUGAGAAGCAGGGUCUCCCAGGCUCUAAAGUCAGUCUCCACCUUGAAGCUGCUGCCAACUCCUACUGUGCCCUGCGAGCUGUAGAUCAGAGCGUCCUUCUUCUUCAGCCUGAGCGAGAGUUAACUGCUGAGAGU